CAGACGCCGCAACAUGGUCAAUCGCGAUGGUCAGUAGCGCCGUCACACGGCCUGCUAUUUGAGGUUUGAGGUGUUGUGUCAUGCAUUGCGGAGCAAGAGGGCUAUUACGCGCGCGCAACUUCGUUCUUUGUUCACGGUUCUUCCUUGACGUGCUCGCUUUUGUUUGUUUGCAACGGCUCAACCGAUGUCGGUGAGAGAAUGUCUAGUGACAUUAAACGAUCGGAAGACGAUAAUUUUUGUCGGGGGCGAGUUCAAACUUCCAGAUGUCCUUGCCGCUCUAGAAAUGAGUGAAUUUAAGGAGGCGGCUGGUCGGGCGACCGUUGAGGUCUUCAACGUGCGUUUCAAUACCUUUGUGGUGCCACACUCAGAGCAUGUCUUUUCCGACGGGGAGGAGGUGCGUUUGUGUCACAUGGAGCCAGCCGCCAGCAAUUCCGUGAGCAACCAAGUGGUUACAAAUGGGGACACGAUCACGGUGACACCGGGUGCGACCAGCGCCGUGAAGUCUGUCGCUUUUACAUCAAACAGUUAUAAGCUUCCCCAAGUGCCUCUGGACAUUAAAGUCGGCAUCGCAAACAUGGCUGCAGGUGGUGUCCCCAGCCAUCUAAAAUCCCGGAUAGUCUCGUGGAUCACCACCGACCUCAUGACUUACAGCCUGUAUCCAGGACACUUAUAUGAACAAGCAGCACGUGACCUUGUUUUCAAAUUUCCCGCACUGCGGGACUCAAUGGGAAGUGGCUACGAUUCCUGGAAGGUGAGAUUUGCUUUUAAGAUGGGGAAUGUGAGAAAGUCUAUCAAAAACGAGCCAGAUGUGGACAGAGCACGCAGCAAAUACGGUCGCAAGAGACCGGCUAGUGAGACUCAAGCUACCCAGGCCAAAAGACUGUGUCGGGCUUCGGAUCUGACACCAAAUCCUUGCACUGCAAUGGAAGAUGAUGCCCAUCAUGCAAACACGGUGGAAGCAAUGAAAUGCUGUCUCGGCAGUGUAGCGGAGCCCAAUAUUGAGCAGCUGAUGGAGCAAAUGGGAAGCACGUUCGGGCACCGACGGCAGUGGAUAAAGGACGCAUCACCAUCACUGCGGGAUGUCCUCAUGGAGUACCCUGCCUUGAACCGUGCAGAUAUGCUGCACAAAGAAUUUACCAGAAUAACUGGUGUAGCUGCUGAGAAGGCAGUGCUAAUGUUUGUCAACCAGUAUGGGGAAAAGUGCUUCCAGAUGGCUCACAAGCGGAAGAGCGCGAGGGAUGCAGUCAUGGACACAGAGGCCCAACUUUCUACACUGGAUGGUGAUGUCAAAAAAUAUUGCUUUGCCAUCGGAGUCAUGACAAUUCUGCCCAGACUUCUCAAGGAGCACCCCUAUUUUCUCAGGGGCCCUGAUGCUUACCCCGCUUUAGUCAUUGAGGGUGAGCCACUCCAUGAAGCCACUGAGGUCAUGGUAAAGUUUGAGGACCUUUGUAUACGAGCCUUAGACAUUGUGGAUGGCAUGGCACUCCUGUUCGCAAUCUACUGGACGUUCGACGUCCAGUAUUCUCCAAGGAACAAGAACACGCUCUCAGUAUUAGAAAAAAUGUUUGGCAUUCGUCCAACGUUGCCAGUGUCCCCAACAGCUGCAAAUGUACUGAAGGCUUUCAAAGAUAAUACUUGAAGUUUAUAUGUCAGUUCGAUAUGUUGUCAUAUGAUUACUGCAACUAAAUAAAGUGAAAUGUU